AUGGAGAAAAUUCCUAGUACAGAGGGCGCCUUGUCUGCCCCAGGCAGACGCCACUACCAAUACUCUACCUUGACUGAUGCACCAGUCAACAUCAAUCAAAUGGGAAACCCUGUCUGGCUAAACAAGGCUACAUUCCGUCAGCUCGCAGAAGGCGCCCUGAACAACGGUACAACGACUCUGCCCACCGUGUUCACCCAAGAAAUGAUGGCACUCCAACACAGAAUGUUCAAUGGCCUUGUAGCUUUCCACGACAUGGCUUUCAAUUCUUCGAUGCCUUUACCCGACGACAUUGUCAGGACUAAUAUUCAUCAUCUCCCACUGCUUCCUCCUGCCGCCGCCGCCAUCACCGCCUCUGUACCUCACCCACGUCCUCCGCGGCGUCGUCGUCGUCGUCGUCUUCGUGCCGCUGCUCCUGAGUUCUGGGAAGAAGAGGCAGCUUUGCUACAUUUCAUGAAGAACCUGGAAGAAGAGGCAGCUUUGCUAGAAUUUAUCAAGAACAUGGGGAUUUGCCCAAGCUAA